AGCUACAAAUUUGGGUAGUGGCUUUGAGUAACAUCGUAACCUUACGACGCGCGACUAACACGUAUUGUUGCAUGUUAUUAAUGAUUUACCGGGGUUUUUGAAAUAAUCCAUAUUUCAUUAUUACCAAUUUAUUGUAUAGAUUAGUGUCAGUGGUAACCGUUUUAGUUCUGGUUGUUUGCUUGUGCCGGUUUGUUGUUGCAUCUUCAUUAAGAAAGAGUUUAUCUGACAAUGGGAAACGUUCAUACUUGUGGUCCAAACGAAGCUUUGGUCGUAUCAGGAGGAUGUUGCGGGUCCAUGAAGAAGAGAACGAUCGUCGGUGGCUACGCCUUCACAUGGUGGUUCGUUACCGACGUCCAGCGAUUGUCCCUCGAGGUUAUGACACUGAACCCUGUCUGCGAAAACGUAGAAACCGCGCAAGGUGUGCCGUUGACCGUCACUGGAGUAGCACAGUGCAAGAUCAUGAAGGCGGACGAGCUUUUACACACUGCCAGCGAACAAUUUCUAGGAAAGAGCGUUUACGAAAUCAAAUCGACCAUCCUAUCUACCCUAGAGGGUCAUCUUCGUGCGAUACUAGGCACGCUAUCGGUGGAGGAGGUGUACAAAGAUCGAGAUCAAUUCGCGACGCUAGUGAGAGAGGUGGCCGCGCCAGACGUCGGUCGCAUGGGCAUCGAAAUUCUAUCGUUUACGAUAAAAGACGUCUACGACGACGUUCAAUACUUGGCUUCGCUUGGCAAAGCGCAAACUGCGGCUGUUAAACGGGACGCCGACGUUGGCGUCGCCGAGGCGAACCGCGACGCUGGCAUUCGGGAAGCUGAAUGCGAGAAAGCAGCGAUGGACAUAAAGUACAAUACCGACACGAAGAUCGAGGACAACGCGAGACUCUUCCAGUUACAGAAAGCGAAUUUCGACCAAGAAGUGAACACGGCGAAAGCGGAGGCGCAAUUGGCUUACGAGCUUCAAGCGGCGAAAAUAAGGCAACGGAUACGAAACGAAGAGAUUCAGAUAGAGAUCGUGGAGAGGCGCAAACAGAUCGAAGUAGAGGAACAGGAGGUACGUCGCAAGGAACACGAGCUUCAGAGCACCGUGAGAUUACCCGCGGAAGCUGAACAUUACAAAAUUGGCAAAGUGGCCGAAGGGAAAAGAACGCAAACGGUAAACGCGGCCAUAGCCGAAGCCGAGAGGAUUCGUUUGAUCGGGGGAGCCGAGGCCCAGGCUCUGGAGGCGGUUGGAAUGUCGGAAGCCGAACGUAUGCGAAUGAAAGCCGCCGUCUACAAGAAGUACGGCGAGGCUGCUAUUCUCAACAUUGCUCUGAACGCCUUGCCAAAGAUUGCCGCGGAGGUGGCCGCGCCGUUAGCGAGAACAGAGGAAAUCGUGCUUCUGGGCGGAAGCGAUACGACCAGCGGUGAAAUUACGCGCCUUGUGGGGCAAGUACCUCCAGCUGUCCAAGCACUGACCGGUGUAGAUCUUUCAAAAGUGUUAAGCAAGAUACCAGGAGCAAAGUAAUGGCGGAGCAUGAAAGGGGAGCAACGGCGACCAUGCGAUCGCGGACACUUGGAAUCGGGUGAAGAAAGGAGCGAACGUUAUACUGCCAAAGGUUUCUCUGCUACUCUGCGUCAUCCAACGGUGACACUCCACUUCGUUCUCUUUCCCGAAUUACUCUACCUCAGACGUAGGUGAAGCGACGCUGAACAUAAUCGGUGGAAUCGGGGUCACGUCUCCGCCACGAAUACGUCGAUU